UUUAUUGUCACGCCAUGUGUCGGCGCGCGUUGCUGUGCGGCCGCGAUCCUAGAACAAACUGAUUCAACACAGCGUUUCGUCGCUUCGCAAUCAAUGGGGCCGAUCUCACAAGUACCUUCGUUGAUUCCCGAUUAAUUUCUGACGUGCAUUGCCAGCGAGUGAAUCGGCUUCGGACACUCAGACCGGCAAGUGCGUCCGGCAAUGUCUCCAUGGCACCUUUCACCGCCUUGCUGAUGGCCCCAGUCCUCCUAUCGCUCCCUGUCCACAGCAAAUCCAUCAAUAAUUUCGCGGGUCCGUACAUCGUUUUCGGACAUCGAUACGACGCGUGCCAAUCGGAAGGGACGUUCUUGCUGCAGGGCCGAAUAAGUCACUUCAACCCCAAGAGACCCUACGACCUGCAGUCCUUUUUCGGAAAUAUAACAUUGAAAGAAGAUUUUAAGGACGAUUAUUGGGCAUCUGCCACGAUGGCCGUGCGAUCCAAUAACCAGUGGAAAGAAAACGCUUUCGUCUUCAAUUUUCCACGAAAGGGGUGCUCGGCGGUUCGCGAGCAAAUGCCCGACCUGUACCGCCUCAUCGCCGAGGUCAGCGGGGCGGCGGUGGCCGACAAGGCGGCGCCGUGUGUCAUCCCCAAGGGAAACUUCGUCAUAGCGGAGCCUCGUCCGGUGAACGCAACGUUCCCCAACAUCCCUGUUCUCAAGUACGGCCGCUACCGCUAUCGAGCGACGUUGAGACGAACCAGGACCAGCCCCAGUCUACUUGCGUGCCUCGAGUUGGACUGCGAAGUCAUUCCGAAACCGUGACCGGGGCACAGGGCGUCACUACGAAAGGGGGAAUGAGGCAAACUUUUAAACAACCCCAUCACUGAGAAUUGCGAUGAGUAAACAUUCAGACAUAUUCGGGCAGAA